UUGACGCCGCUGCUCAUGACCUUGUGUUGUUUUUUUGUUCCAGGCGUACGCCACUCCAACAUCAUCUGCGACAGCUGCAAGAAGCACGGCAUCAUGGGAAUGCGAUGGAAGUGCAAGGUGUGCUUUGACUACGACCUGUGCACUCAGUGUUACAUGAACAACAAGCAUGACCUGAGCCACGCCUUCGAACGCUAUGAGACCGCCCACUCCCAGCCAGUGAGUCUGGCACCGCGGCAGAACCUCCCACGGAUCAUCCUCAAAGGAAUCUUCCAGGGAGUUAAAGUGGUCCGAGGACCGGACUGGGACUGGGGCAACCAGGACGGUGGGGAGGGUAAGGUGGGGAAGGUAGUGGAUAUUCGCGGCUGGGACACAGAGUCCGGUCGCAGCGUGGCCAGUGUCACCUGGUCCAACGGAACCACCAACGUCUACCGGAUGGGCCACAAGGGGAAGGUGGACCUGAAGUAUGUGUCUGACGGACAAGGGGGGUUCUACUACAAAGACCACCUACCCAAACUGGGAGAACACGCAGAGCUGCAGCGACAGGAGAGCGCAGACGGACAUUCCUUCCAGCAGGGGGACAAGGUCAAAUGUCUCCUGGAGGUGGACAUCCUGAGGCAGAUGCAGGAGGGACACGGAGGAUGGAACCCCAAAAUGGCAGAGUACAUCUGCCGGAUCGGAACCGUCCACAGAAUCACUGACCGGGGAGACGUCCGAGUCCAGUACAGCAACAACAUCCGCUGGACCUUCCACCCAGGAGCCCUGACCAAGGUGAACACCUUUGCAGUGGGUGAACUGGUUCGGGUCCUGGAGGACAUGGACAGUGUGAAGAGGCUGCAGGCGGGACAUGGGGAGUGGACGGACAGCAUGGCCCCCGUGCUGGGUCAGGUGGGGAAGGUGUUGAAGGUCUACGCAGACGGUGACCUCCGCGUGGCCUUUGGGGGUCAGACCUGGACCUUUAACCCGGCGUGCCUCUGCGCUCAGCCCGUGGAGGUGGAUGCUAACCUCAUGACUGCUGAGAACCCCAACGAAUCUGGAAGUACUGUGAUCUCAGUGCUGGAGAAGCUUCUGUCUCAGUCCACCGAACAGGACAACCCCACCCGGCUGGUCAUCGAGGCAGCGCACGGCAGCGCCAACAAAGUACGGGAGCUGGUGACCAAGUACCCCGACAAGGUGAGA